AUGGCUUUACAAACAACAAAUAAAGCCCUACAGGCGAUAGGGGAGUUGAUGAUGAAGCGGCAGGAUAUUGCAAAGAAGUGGGCAGCGUGGGCUAGGCGGAAGAAGGUGGCGACGAGGGCAGCAUUGGGUGGCAAAGGGUGGAUGGAGGUCAAAGAAGGAGGGAGGGAAAGUAGAGAAUGGAGGUUGGUGAGUGAAAUGGUGGUGGAAGAGAAAAGGGAUUCCAGAGUGAGAGAUUGGGAAGGGAGGAGAUGGAAGUCAUGGUGGAGGAGGAAAGAAUGGCCGAGGAUUCAUGCUUCUGGCUGGCGACGCCGUGAAUGGUUGUAG